AGGGCUCGGCCUGACUAGAGGCCCUACUUACCGUCGUAGUAGUAGUACUUUCUUGAGCCUAGGCAGCGAUUAUCUAGGCUAGGCUACAUUAUAUCCACACUAGCCUAGCCAGCUAGGUGCGACAUAACGGCUAGCCUAGUGGUUGGCCGUCCUACAGGCAUGUUGUUUUAGGCUAGCUAUGGUCGUAAAACCAGGCAGUCCUCAACGUUCUUACCAAGUCAAGUCUCACAUAUUCUUGAUCAAAAUGUACAGCAGAAAAUUACGAUUGAGUAUCUUCCAUGUCUGCAUGCUUCAUCUGUUUGGCAUCUCCUGUUAUAUAUCAGUACUUGGUAGUGAUGGUGCAUUGCCUGCCUCUGCUGCAUUAAGUGUUAAUAUUGAUGAUGGAAAUAAUGAUGACACAAAGCCACAGGAGAAUUAUGAAUUUGACCAAGAAUCUGGUGAUGGAGAUGCAGACAUCUUUCAACCUACAAAUGAAUGGCAAGUUAUAAAACCAGGACAAUCUAUUCCUCGUGGACUCCAUGUCAGGAUGGACUUCCAGACCGGCAUCAAAGAAGCAAAACUGCUGGACCCUGAAGAUGUCCAAACGGAUGAAAUAAACCAAGUGAAAGUAGUAGCAGAUGGAGAGGAUACACAUGUAGAAAGAGUUAACAGUGAUGGAGAAGUAGAAGAGUCCGUUGAUAUGGAGGAUGAAAAGAUGAAGUAUUGGAAGGAUGGUGACCAUGAGGGAAUGAGAAUGAUAAACAAAGAUCAUUUUACUCAAACAGAAUUAAAGGAAGCUCUGAAGAAAUUUAAGAGUGGUAUGGAUGACGUUAAGGACAAAGAAGAGGCCAAAAAGCUACAAGAGAAAUAUAGAUCAUAUUCAGAGCUUAAGAAAGAUUUUGAAGCAAUGAAUGUCAUGGUAGAAACAGAUACAGAAAUAAUGCAGCGACUAGUUGAGCAAUACAAGCAAAAGGACGCCAGUCUCCAGCAACGAGUCAAUGUCCUUCUUGAAUUAGAAUAUUACGUGCAUCAGAUUGAUAAUGCGCAGAACUUGGAAAGUGUUGGUGGGUUUCAAAUACUAGUGGAUGGCCUCAAUGACACCGAACUUCAGAUCAAAGAAGCUUGCGCAUUUGUGCUAGGCUCUGCAUUCCAGAGAAAUCAGCACAAAAUACUUACGAUAAUGAUUCGUCUGAUAGUGUAGCUAAACAGCGUCUAGAACAGUAUAAAAAAGUAAAUAUAUCUAAAUUAAUUGAAGAACAUGGAUGCUUGGUUGUUCGCCCACUGUAUUCAAGUGAUCAUGACGUCCGCGAAAAAGUACUACUUGCUAUGAAAAACCUGCUUGUACCGUGCGAAUCACACUUCAAAAGUCAGAACCUAAUAGAUCAUCUUAGUGAGAUGAAAAUAGAAUAUGAAGUGUUGGUAAAAGAUGAAUUAUUAGAGGGUGAGACUGAUGGAUUUUUUGGUAGCAUGUUGAUCCUUGUGGAUACUGUUUUAUCACAACUUACUUAGGUGUAAAAAUCUUACUAUUAUUGAAAAUUUUAUAAUACAAUUUAAUAUGUAAUAAUAUUAAAUAUUAAUUAUUUAUUAAUAGUUAAUGAAUAAUACCAAUGCAGUAAUGCAUCUAAUAAAAUAAAUGAAAGUUUUAAACGACAUGUUUCGACGUGUCCCACGUCACCAUCAGGCAGUAGUGCUGUGCUACUGACGGCUUAAAUAAUAUUUGCUUGUUUUCACCUUACAUCUGACCGGCAGUAUUUAAGCCGUCAGUAGCACAGCGCUAUUGCCUGAGGAUGACGUGGGACACGUCGAAACAUGUCGUUUAAAACAUUCAUUUAAAUGAAUAAUACUAAUAACAAUAUUAAUUAUAAUACUAUUAUUAAUUCCAAUAUCACAUUAUAAUUUGAAAGAGGACAAGAAAGAAAGGGUAU